AUGAAGGGUAGAAACGUACUUCUUUUUGCCUUUGUGCUGCUGCUGAACUUGCAUAUCGUGCCUUUCGCCUCCGCACAAUCCUCACCGUCGACGUCGGAGCACAUUAUUGUGUUCGGUGGCCCCAAUUGGGAGUUCGUGGUGCAAAAUAAAUUGACGGAGCUAAAGGCAGCCCUCAUCAAGGACAUUGGACCCCAGUUGCUGCGCAAGUAUGCCUUUUUGACCAUCAUCAACGUGUCAUCUGUGGAAUUCAAUAAAAAUCUGAGGGUCCACGUCACCGUGCUGCAGGCUUUGUUAAGUAAGGGUCCCAGCUCACGUCUCCUGCACCUCUGGCCACCGGACGAAGCCAAUUCUAUGAUCACUCAGGGCGAAUUCAGCAACACACUGGCACUCUAUCCAGGUCCGGAAAGGGCAACUGUCAUCAGUGUGCAAAUUCCCACCUUCAGUAAGAAUAUAAAGGUCUAUGAAGAUGUGUUAAGAUCUUUAUACUUCCUGGGAGGAUGUACCUUCGUUGCUAUGGCGUUUGGCCUCUUUGUAUUGUUUGUGUGGAUGUGCUGUCAUUGCUGCUGCAGAAGUGAUGAAGAUGAAGAUGAUGAAGAUGAAGAUGAGUUGUAUCAUUUUAAUCAAAAUAAGUCCAAAUAUAGAAAAUAG